AGCGCCGCUGAGCUCCGGCGAGCCCCACGGCCGGGGAAAGACGCGCGGCGGGGGCGCCCGGCAGACCCUGCAAUCCCGAACGAGCGGGCGCCCGGGGCGGGCAGCCCUGCGGGGAGAAGCGGCGGCGGUGGCCGCUCUCGGGCGCCCCUCGCGUCGCGCCCCAUGCCGGUGUGGUGCUGCCGCUGCUCCCUGCCCGGGCAUCUCAGAAAUUAUAGUGAUCCUGAGACCGAAGGAGAGAUUUUUAAUUCCUUAGUGCAAUAUUUUGAUGAUAAUUUGGUGCGAAAAGUUAAAGCAAUGCCAUUAGUUGAAGAAACUUCUUUACUUGAAGAUUCAUCAGUGACUUUGCCUGUGGUGAUAAUUGGAAAUGGACCCUCAGGAAUAUGCCUUUCAUACAUGUUAUCAGGCUACAGACCAUAUUUAUCAUCAGAAGCAAUACACCCAAAUACAAUCUUACAUAGUAAAUUAGAAGAAGCAAGACAUCUCUCCAUUGUUGAUCAGGACUUAGAAUACCUGUCUGAGGGCCUUGAGGGCCGAUCAUCCAAUCCAGUUGCAGUCCUUUUUGAUACACUUCUUCAUCCAGAUGCAGACUUUGGGUAUGAUUAUCCAUCCAUUUUGCAUUGGAAAUUAGAACAACAUCAUUAUAUUCCUCACUUAGUUCUUGGUAAAGGUCCACCUGGUGGGGCUUGGCAUAAUAUGGAAGGCUCCAUGUUGACAAUCAGCUUUGGAAAUUGGAUGGAGCUACCUGGACUGAAAUUUAAAGAUUGGGUGUCUAGCAAACGAAGGAACCUAAAAGGUGAUCGAGUUAUGCCAGAAGAAAUAGCUCGCUACUAUAAGCAUUAUGUAAAAGUUAUGGGUCUUCAGAAGAAUUUCAGAGAAAAUACUUAUAUAACCUCUGUAUCAAGGCUCUACAGAGAGCAAGAUGAGAGUGAUGAUCAAGACAGAGAUAUUUCAACAGAGCAUUUACAGAUUGAGAAAUCAAAAUUUGUCAAGAGAAACUGGGAAAUCAGAGGUUAUCAACAAAUAGCAGACGGUUCUCCUGUUCCUUUUUGUCUCUUUGCUGAGAAUGUAGCUCUAGCAACUGGAACAUUGGAUUCGCCUGCCCAUCUGGAAGUUGAAGGAGAAGAUUUUCCUUUUGUGUUUCAUUCAGUGCCUGAAUUUGGAGCUGCAAUAGGCAAAGGAAAAUUUCGUGGCAAAGUGGAUCCAGUGUUAAUUGUAGGUUCUGGGCUUACUGCAGCUGAUGCGGUACUGUGUGCUUACAACAGCAAUAUUCCUGUGAUCCAUGUUUUUCGCAGACGAGUAACUGAUGCAAGCUUAAUUUUCAAACAACUUCCCAAAAAGCUUUAUCCUGAAUAUCAUAAAGUCUAUCAUAUGAUGUGUACUCAGUCAUAUUCUACAGACUCAAAUCUUUUAUCUGAUUAUACCAGUUUUCCUGAGCACCAUGUGCUUUCCUUUAUGUCGGACAUGAAAUGUGUUCUUCAAAGUGUCUCUGGAUUGAAGAAAAUAUUUAAACUGUCUGCAGCAGUAGUACUGAUAGGUUCUCAUCCUAAUCUGUCUUUUCUGAAAGAACAAGGGUGUUACCUUGGCCAUAACUCAAGCCAGCCAAUCACUUGUAAAAGUAAUCCUGUGGAGAUAGAUGCAUAUACCUAUGAAUGUGUUAAAGAAGCCAACCUUUUUGCAUUGGGUCCUCUGGUCGGAGACAAUUUUGUUCGAUUUUUAAAGGGUGGGGCAUUGGGUGUCACACGCUGCUUAACGAUCAGACAAAAGAAAAAGCAGCAUUUAUUUGUUGAAAGAGGAGGAGGAGAUGGAAUAGCAUAAAGCAAGUGUACAAGUAAUUUAAAUGGACAGUUUACCAUUAAAAAUUUUUAAUAGUGGUUUUGCAGUGUACUGGCUUAAAUUUUCUGGACUUGAAUUAACUGGAGGAGAGCCUCAUGAUACAGUAACUUCAUUUUUUUAUGGUUAUCAGAACUCGGUGUCCUGAUUUAUAUUGUAUCAAAAAUGUCACUGUCAGACAAAUACAAACACUGCCAACUCGUUAUACUUUAAGCUCUCUCUUAAGCAUUCUUUUUCUUCCAAGACUUACUUUUGUGGUUAUUUUUUGUUAUUAUUUUUGAUUCUAAAAUAUUACAGCGUGAAAUCUAUAAAAAUGAUAAAAGUUAUUAGACCAGAAGUUGUCCUUACUACAUUAGGCAACCUUGCUUCUCAAAAAAUAUAAAAAGACCAGUAGCAUCAGCUUUUGUUUGUUAGACAUGUAGAUACUCCCCAGGCCCCACAGUAUAAUCAGAAACUGCAUUCUGAAAAGAUCCCCAAGGGUUAGAUUUGCUCAUUAAAAUUUCAGGGACACUGAUUUAAAUGAUAAUGGGAUAUUAAGUAUGCUGGGGUGGGAUAAGGAUAGGAGGCAUUUUUGACUCAGGUCUUAUUUAUUUUGAAAUUAUCACUUAUAUAAAUUAAUUUAUUACCAAAUAUGAUGGCCUUUUAAAAGUAUUUUUAUUGUUGAAACCUUGACAGAUACUUCAUAUUCUUAAUUUCUAAUAAUUUAAACAUUCCAAUGUUGCUAUAUACUGUGACAUCCAGGAACGCGCCAAGAUAUUUUUCAGAGGUUUAUUCUCUCCUUAACCAUCAUAACAUCUAUUUAAUCUGAUUUGCAACUCAAUAAAUUGUGGAUGAAACUACUUA